GCAACCUGCAUAAUGGCCAAGAUAACGAUAUGGAGCCGAUUGAGAUCGAUCGGCUGCUCAGGGGAUACGCGGGGGCACGCGAGAGUGUUGACGACGCGCCAGAGCAACGAGGACCCCCGGACAUUGGGGUAACGGAGACAUGCCAUGGUCGAACCAUCACGCGGCGGAGCUCGACUCUCAGAGGCGUUGUAGAUGUCUCUGUCUCCUACAUGUAAAGUCUUAUAACAACUCGGAAUCUGUGCUAUCAGAUCUUCUUCACUUCUCCAUUCAUAACUACAACCACAUUCACAUAUCUUCACUAUACCCUAUACAUACAUUUUAGACAUUGAAUAAACACAUCACCAUGGCACCAGCCGCCCCAUUCAACCCUCCUGCUGCGGACCUUCCUGGCAAGCCCUUCGUGCCAGAAUGGAUCCCCCCGCCGGUCACCAAGGAGACUCACAACUUUGCACAGCUCAAGUCCAUUGAUCUGUCUUUGUUGGAUUCGGAAGAUCCUGCAGUUGUCGAGAAUCUUGUUCAGACUGUUAAGCAAGCCAUCCGUGAUGAUGGUUUCCUCUUCCUCGAGAACUACGGCAUUAGCCUCGAGCAGUUGCACAGACAGUUCGCCAUUGCACAAUAUCUUUACCACAACAUCAGUGAAGAGGACAAGGAGCGUCUUCUUUUCAGCCCAGAGACUGGUGUGUGGUCUGGUUACAAGCACCCUUACGGUUUCAAGCGCCACCGUGGCCCACCUGAUGGCAUUGAGCAGUUUAACUGGUACAAGCCUGACUGGCAAGACGUUGAGAACCGUGUCCCCAAGUGCCUCCAGCCUUUCAUGGAUGAGAUUGAGGAGUUCUGCAACUACCUCACAAAGUCCGUCAACCGCCGCCUCCUCACUCUCUUCUCUCGCGUUCUCGAGUUGCCCGAUGACUACCUCUGGGACAACGUCCAGUCCCACGGAAGCCCUACCGGCGAGGGCUACUUCCGCCACGCCCUUUUCCGACCCGUACAAAAAUCCACCGAGGAGGCAUCAAAGGGUCUCCGCAUGCACGGCCACACUGACUUCGGUCUGACCACCCAGUUGUUCUCCGUGCCCAUCUCGUGUCUCCAGAUCUGGGGCCGCGACGAGCAGUGGUACUACGUCCCCUACAAGCCCGGUGCACUUGUCAUCAACAUCGGUGAUACUUUGGAGAUUGUUUCCGGUGGCCACUUCAAGGCUACCCGUCACCGAGUCUUCAAGCCUCCUGUCGACCAAUUGCACCAGGAGCGUCUUUCCUUGGUUUUGUUCAACAGCUCCGUUGGUGACAUGCCCAUGUCGCCCGCUUAUGAUUCCCCAUUGAUCAAGCGCGAGGGCUGCGUCGAGGAGCAGGGCAUCUACAAGGAGUUCAAGAAGCGCACAUCCACCGGCGCAAAGGCGCCCACCAACCGCGAGUGGCGCGAGAUCCAGAUCGCCACCGCGACCGACCCUACUGAUACCGAGCACAACCGCGUCGGUGUCCACCAGACCAUCAUCGACGGAAAGUUGAUGCACACGAGAGAGUACAUGGGAAUGAAGGUUGUUCUCCCCGUCUAAGGGUUGAGCGAGACGAACCCUUUGGUGGUGGUGGUGAUGAUGAUGAUGACGAUCAGAAGAACGCCCUUGCUAUAGUAGGAGCAUGUGCAUAGUCUAUAUGAAGAUACCGCUAUAUAUCAUGAAUUGGAG